AUGGCAGCGCAUACACCGAGCACUAGGACAGAUGCGUCGGCAGAACCCGCGGGCUGGGUAUUCUUGAUGAACGCGCUGAUAUUGCAAACAUGUAUCUUUCACGAUGGCUACCUUGUCACCGCUCUGGGCAGUCCUGUCACGGGGCCCAUGAACCUUGGGAGUGACUCGUCGAUGAAGUUGUCCCUGGCCCUCAUCAAGACCUCGUUUACACUCACGCUGUAUGGCUUCGCUACAGGGUGGCUGCAUUGGGUUGUUGUUGUGGUGACUGUCGUCACGGAUGCCGCCUACAUGAGCCAUGCCGUCCUCGUCUGGAGGGCGAACUGCGGCGUGGAGGACUCGUACACCUUUGCGCCGCGUUGGCCCAUGGACAGUGGUAUUUGGAUGAAUAUGAUAGGGUCAAUCAUAUCCGCGGUUGGCGACCUUGUGUUGUCCCUGGUCCCAGCAGCGGUGGUCUGGAAGCUGCAGAUGGUCCGGCGUGAGAAGAUUGGCAUGGCAGCCGCCAUGGCCAUCGGUAUACUUGCUGGUGCCGUCGCUAUCAUGAAAGCCGUCGAAGCUCCCAGAGUGGCGACUACUGUCGGUACCGACUGUGCCUCUCCCCGUCUCCCUAAGACUACUCUGCAACUGCUGAUCCCAGUCCGCGCAGUCUCCUACAAGCUCGCCAGGCUGAGCAUAUUGGUCCAUGCAGAGCCCAACGCCGCGCUCAUUGCAGCGUCUAUUCCCGUCCUGCGCAUCUUGGUCCGCGAUAGCAACCGCGACGUCAAGGGCACACAGUUGCGAACCGUGGCCGCGGAGGCCGACAAUGACAGCGAGAUGAGCAUUCUCCCGUUGCAAGAUAUCGAGCUAGAGCAGAGUGAGCGGAGCACCGUGUUGUACCACGGUGGUCGUCAAGCAGAGCCCCCCAGCGAACCGGAACGGCUCGCUUUUGAGAUUGAGCACGCCGAGAACUUUGGAAAAUCUCGGAGAGAGCAUCAGCGACCACCUCCCAUGGGCCGACCAGAUGGCUUCGACAAAGCUGAAGGUCCCCGGAAACCUCUGAUGCCACCCUACGAAGGCCAUCCAGGGCCCACUGGGAGUCAGGUCGGCUACUUCCACACCUAUGUUGCCACGAGAGACCUCAAUGUGCUCUAUUUUGAUGGCAUGUCGGCUGGCAAGACGGAUCUCGGGACUCUCGACUCUCAAGACCUUCUCUUGCGCGCCAAGUCGACCACCGACAACGGUUUCAUGGAUGAGCGGGAGAGGGCAAACGACCUUUGCGACAUUGUGACCACAUAUGACGGUCUUGGAGGCAAUCGACUGAGCAUUGACUUCUCGUCCAUUGUCUCGGGUUUCUUCUUCCCGAUCAACAUCAGCAGCACAACAGACGAGAGACCGGAUCUCAUCCGGUUGGCAGCUGCCUCGGAGCUGGAUUCGAAGGGCAUCAAGGAUUAUUUGCAAGAUAUCUCAAUGCAAGCAAGACGGUUCACAGUCCAUUGGCAAGGGGUCGUCGACAUGGUAGUCGCGCGAUAUGCUGACCGCUUCGCGCUCAUGGGGUCUGACAACAUUUCCGUAUCCCGGUUCAUUAGCGAACUCGAAUCGUUGACCUUGACCUAUUUGUAUGCUUCGGGGAUCAAAGACAGUGAUGUCGGACACAACCACGAGGCUCGGAACGAAACCGAGGCGGCCAUGAACCGAUACAGCGACCACUAUCUCCAGCCGGUCCUCAUCGACCAGGAGCGCUGGAGCCUCGAGGAUGAUCUCAUCUACACCUCCCUGCAGGCCGUCAUGGAUGACAUAUGCUACAUUCUGUACACAAUGCGCUCAACAUUCUACACAUAUCUCGGCGAAGAUGAGCGAUUCCAGGGCAAGAUCAACAUGGGUGGAGACAAGGGGGCGCUGAAAGAUGCGUUUGACACAGGCUUCGAAAUCUCAAGGGAGAAGCCCUCAGCAGCAAAUCCAUUUGGGAAUCCUCCUCUGCCUGGAUGGACGUCGUCCGGCGGCUUCAACUGGGUCGGCUACAUGGUGUCCCUGUACAACACCUCGACCGUCCUCUCCUACAAUUUUGCCUACGGCGGCGCAACGGUAGACUCGGAUAUUAUUGCUCCCUACGACCCGUCGGUCGUUAGCUUCAAGGAGCAGGUCGCCAUCUUCUCCGACAACCUCGUCCCCCAGCCCGACUUUGCCCCGUGGACCGCGGACAGCAGCAUCGUCGGCAUCUGGAUCGGCGUGAACGACAUUGGCAACUCAUGGUGGGAGGCCACCCGCGACGAUAUCUACGACAGCAUCAUGGCUGUCUACUCUGAUCAACUCCAGAUCCUCUACGACGCUGGUCUGCGCGACUUCUUCCUCCUCAAUGUGCCGCCAACCGACAAGACCCCUCUAAUGACAGGCAACGGCCAGCCUAUGAUUGAUGCCAUUGCGGAUUUCAACUUGCGCGUCGAAGCUCUUCUGGAUGACUUUAAGGCUGCCAACGAAGGCGUGCGUGGGGUCGUCGUGGACACACACGCUCCUUUCAACGAGGCGAUCAACAACCCACAGAGAUAUGGGGCGCCGGACGCAAUGUGCGUUAGCACAGACGGCGGAUGUAUAGUGAGGGACUGA